UGGACAACUUUCAGUUGUGUGCUGAUGUCUCACUUACGUAGUGAGGUGUCCCGUGUGUAGAAAGCGAAGAGAAACUCACACCCCUACAACCGUGGAGCUGCUGGUCGCAGUGUUACCGUGUUGCCCUGAGUUGUUCCUGCCUGUAGGAGGUGUUUCCUACGCCGACUGGUGUAGCGGGGUGUCCCGUGUGGGGAAAGUGAAGUGAAAACUGGCCGCAUUGCAGCCGUGGAGCUGCUGGACUCAGUCACGCAGCAAUGGCGACUCCCAGCCCUACCAGCGGCAACUCGACAAGCUCCUCCAGCAGCAACAGCAGCAGCUCGAACGCAGGACCCACAGCCACGUCGUACCACCACCAGGCCCCGUCGCAGCACAUCACCACAGUGAGCAGCAUGCAGGGGUUUCAGAUAAACCUCUCUGGAGUGCCCCAAAGUAAACGUAGAGCACUGAAGUUAAAUUUUGCCAAUCCGCCAAUUAAACCCACUACCAGAAUCCACACACCUGGGCUUCCUUUUCAGAACCCCCACAUAGAGCGGCUGCGGACACACAGCAUCGAGUCAUCUGGCAAGCUGAAGAUCUCCCCAGAGCAGCACUGUGACUUCACUGCAGAGGACCUGAAGGACCUGGGUGAGAUUGGACGCGGGGCCUAUGGCUCUGUGAACAAGAUGGUGCACAAGCCGAGUGACCAGAUCAUGGCAGUUAAGAGGAUUCGAUCAACCGUGGAUGAGAAAGAACAGAAGCAGCUGCUCAUGGAUCUAGAUGUAGUUAUGAGGAGCAGUGAUUGUCCAUAUAUUGUUCAGUUCUAUGGGGCUCUUUUCAGAGAGGGUGACUGUUGGAUAUGUAUGGAACUCAUGUCUACCUCAUUCGACAAAUUCUACAAAUAUGUAUAUUCUUCAUUAGAUGAUGUCAUUCCUGAGGAAAUACUAGGCAAAAUAACAUUAGCUACUGUGAAAGCACUUAACCACUUAAAAGAAAACUUGAAAAUAAUUCACAGAGAUAUAAAGCCUUCCAAUAUUCUCCUAGACAGGAAAGGCAACAUAAAGCUCUGUGAUUUUGGCAUCAGCGGACAGCUCGUGGACUCCAUCGCAAAAACCAGAGAUGCCGGAUGCAGGCCUUACAUGGCGCCGGAAAGAAUAGACCCCAGUGCUUCCAGGCAGGGGUAUGAUGUCCGGUCAGAUGUGUGGAGUUUGGGUAUCACACUGUACGAGUUGGCCACAGGUCGGUUCCCCUACCCUAAAUGGAAUAGUGUUUUCGAUCAGCUGACACAAGUUGUUAAGGGGGAUCCUCCCCAGCUGAGCAACUCUGAGGAAAGGCAAUUUUCUCCCAAAUUCAUCAACUUUGUCAAUCUCUGUCUCACAAAGGAUGAGUCAAAAAGGCCAAAGUACAAAGAGCUCCUUAAACACCCAUUCAUCUUGAUGUACGAGGAGCGGACGGUGGACGUCGCCAGUUACGUGUGUAAAAUCCUCGACCAGAUGCCUGCUACCCCUAGCUCUCCCAUGUAUGUGGAUUGA